AUGGAUAUCCGUUUGUUUGAACACAAAUCACAAGGUAGGAUCAAUUACUAUACAUCAUCAUUGGUCAAGGAAAGCUCACCUGUUCUCCAGGAUUUUUAUUGUGAUCAAAAAUACAAUCAGCGGUGGAAACGAACAGCAGUUAUAUACAGCGAAAAGGGAACACAUGUAGUCAUCAAGCAUCACCAACGACAAGUAAAAGAAGAACCUGGACAAAGGCUACAUUAUACUUUUAUGGAAAGGUGGGCCGUGGCAAAAGCUCAUAUAUUGGUGGAUUUUUACGAAGACAUCAUGGACCUUUAUUACAAGCACUUGAUCUCUUCUCAUCCUGGACUGGUUGAAGAUGGAUAUAUCAUACCUCUGACAUGA